AGCCACGCAGGGUUAAUCCUACCAGCUGCGCAGUGGCCGUGCUUUCCCGUGCGGAUGAGCAGUGACAGAUGAUGACUUCAGUGCCCUGGAGCUUUGCGCUCAAGACACUCGCUGAUCUGCUAACAGCUCCGCAGAGUCCCAACCGCGCCUGACACAAUCGACACAAUACGCGGCGCGUAUUGUGUUGUAGGGAAGGAAAUUCGGCUUCCAGGUUUAACAUUGAUGUAAACACGCGCUUUUGCUUGCUUUCUUUCCUUCCCCUUUGUCAAGGAUUUAUCAGACUUCGGGGAGCGACGUUUCCAAGGCUGGUUAAGCGCAACUUUUACGCACAGCGGAGCCGCUGAUGAGCGGAUCACGACGUGCCUUCUUCGGCAACUGCACAGCCAAGAUCACAACAGGUGUGAUGGCGGUCAGUGCAUCUCACGUCGGCAUGGAUGAUCAAUAUAGCUCUACAAUUUAAUGAAGCGGGAGCGAGCUAGCGAGGCUUGAAAGUUCUCUUGAAACAAGAGCCGCGCCGGGUGCCAAAAUGAGCUCGAACUGCCUCAGCUGGAGGAUCUUACUCCUGAUAUUUGCCACAUUUACAACAGUUGUCACCCAAGACUUAAGCACUAAGGAGCUGACUGACAUAAAGAGUCCAGUGCCUUUCCCUGUCUUCUUGCCUGUUAGCUAUGAAGUUCGGGAUGCUGAUUACCUCUUCUUAAAGGAAGCAGGGCAGGACUUCAUGAGGAAUUUCAGUAUGCAGAGUAACACACAGCCCUUUGUCAUUUUGGGAGCAAACCGCCAGCCGGCUGUCAACGCAAGCUACGGCCCCAUGUCCACAGAGCAGCUAGUGCCUCUGGAUCUGGUCCAAUCCGUGCAGCUCUUUAAUGCCCCGGAUGCCUUCACCUUCAACUGGAAGAUUCAAGCCUUCGUGCUAACACCUCGGGUCUUCUCCACCAAGCCCAAAGUACGAGUGCUCUUCUAUGUGGCAGGGAGGGACUGGAACAGGGAGGAAGGUGCUAAGGAUGAACUACCGUGUGUGACAGUCUUUGCUUUUUGGCAAACCCAGGAGGUGAGGUGUUCCUGUGCCAUGGGAGGGAAGGGAAAGAGGGGAACUUGCAUGGCUGAGUUACAACCAUUGCCUGGCUGGUUUGGCCAGGCUUCAGAAAGCACCAGUGGGGAGAAACAGGAUCCACCAGCUGGGAACCUUGUUGAGCUCUACUACCAGGCACAGCCCAAAGUUAGCGGGAAGUGCAACACGCUGGAGGGGAGUCGUUGGGGAAGCUCCCAGCAACAGCAGGCCGAAUAUGUUCCCAUCACUACCAUGCAGCGAAUUGGCAGCGUACGUCUCCUGCAGGUGCCCAAAGGAAUGGCCACUCUCUCUCGACUAAAACUAGGCAACUCUAUUGUCAUACGGACAUCCUCCAAACCACUGAAGAAGACUGACAUUGCCACUUUCUACAUCCUCAUGGCCAGCUCUGCCCAGCUGACUAACUUCACUCUUAGAGCAACAAUAAAGAAUGGUGUGACCUUUCGUACAGCAACACCAAGUAACUCUUUACUUUGGGACAUCACACUGGAAGCAGAUGCAGAUAGAGUCAUCUCUGUUGCUUGUCAGAGGAAAGCUCCAAUCCCUGGAAAAAGACUUGAAAGCAGUCUGCUUGAGGUGCUUCAAAUGGAGUUCGAAGUCGAUGAGCUGAACAGUCCUGUCGACAGCCAGGUGAUCAUCUGGAAGUUGGAACUCCCGACAAAAAAUACAGCCAAGACUGAAGGAGCAAUGAGAAUUUACACCACUCAGAGAGACUUUGUUGGUCUGGCCCCUCUUAUAAUGGACACUGAGAUCCUGAACACUGCAAUACUGACUGGAAAGAAGGUUGUGGUGCCUGUAAGAACAGUCGCUGUGGAAGAGGAUGGCAGUGUCACUGAUGUUUCUGAAUAUACAGAAUGCGGCUCUACUGAUGAAGAUGCCCUCAAGGUCUCGGACAGGUGUGACUAUGUUUUUUUAGAUGGCAAAGAGACAAAAGGCAAAGUCAAGAUGGUAGUAAAUUUCACCUACAGCUACCUCAGUGCUCAACUUGAGUUGAAUGUGUGGAUGCCCCGACUUCCCCUCCAGAUAGAGGUGUCAGAUACAGAACUGAGCCAAAUCAAAAGCUGGAGGGUCCCUAUACUAACUUCCAAAAGAUCUGGCUGGAAGAGUGACGCUGACGAUAAAAAGGGAAAGGGCUGCACGCUGCAGUUUCAGCACGCCCUGGUGCGUGUGCUAACCCACUUUGCGGCCGAGCAGGCGGACCCUCGGGAGCCUAAGGCAUAUUUCCUAGGCUCUGACUGGCAGGUGGAUGUAACAAGACUGGUUCGAUACUUUAUGAAAGUAGAAGACUCCCGUGUUGCAAGGCUACAGGCGGGGAGGGUGCUAUCAGGUCGAGACAUUGGGACCACAGCCAUCCAGGUGUUUUCUCCACUUUCUGACACAAUUCUGGCGAAAACAACGGUAAAAGUCACAGAUGAAAAAGUGACCAUUACCGAACUGGGAGUCCAGAUGGUUGCAAGUCUUUCAAUGACCCUACAGCUCAGUCCCGGAAGCAACAGGGCCAUUGUAGCAACCACAACCACACAGGAAGUUUUGCGCUUGCCAAAACAGGAAGCCAUGGUCAGCGCAUGGGUCCAGUUCAGUGAUGGCAGCCAGACACCACUUGACAUUUACGAUCCUGCUUUUUACCGUGUGAUGGUAUCAUCCCUGGAUCAAGGCGUGGUGUCGGUACGCGGCACCCCUCCAGCUGUGGUGGCAGAAGGGGAGGGCGAAGGAGUUCUGGUCCGAGUGGAAAUGUCUAUUUGUGAGACCUGCCAAAAGUCCAAACGCAAAAGUACUGUUGCUGUGGGCAAUGGGAGUCUUAAGGUCAAGUUUCAGGCCAAAGGCCGACGACCAGACAGCAGCACUGGCAGCAAAACCACAGAAAAAAAGAAUAAUGGUGGCUUCAGAAAUGAUGGAGGAGAGAUGGAGAGUGACAGGAAGGUUCCGUCACCACGCAUCACAGCAUCGGCGAGAGAUGAGAACCCUUUGGGAAAGACCACAAUCGGAUCUACAGAAUGGACCUUUAUUACCAGCGGGAGCCUUGGGGGUGUGGGGAAACCAGGUACUUCGGGAAGCAGUCCCACCAGCACGGUCAAUAUAAGAAUGGGCAGCCCUGGUGGCAGCAGUAAAGCAUAUGGCUCUGAUAAUAUGAUAGUGGACAAGGUUCAACUUACAAGCACUGUGAAGGCUCCGGGUAACCUGGUCAACUCCAACAAUUUUCCGACUAAAAUUGUCAUGCCUGGACAGGAGUCAGUGGAGGUUGAGAUCAGUAGCGAGGAAGAUAUUUUGACAAACAGGCCCCUUACAGACUUAGAGAUUGGUAUGUAUGCUUUAUUAGGGGUCUUUUGCUUGGCCAUCAUGGUAUUUCUUGCCAAUUGUAUAUCAUAUGUUGUCAAGUUCAGACAUAAAAAGUCUCCUUCAAAUGGUCAGGAGCCCACAGGUCACAGGCAUGACUGGGUGUGGCUUGGUACAGACGCUGAACUAGUGAUGAGCGUCCCGGGAAGUCCGGUUCAACAUGACUCACAGACUAUGACCACUGUGAUAGACAUUGGGCCUGGCAAAACUACUUCACUCCCCAGAAGGCCCAGUUGCUUGGCAUCAGUCACGGACUCUCCAAUUAGUUGUGUGGGAUCCUUCAGGAGCAAAUCAAUACCCACAGAGUCCCUCCACUCACCAACCAGCAAAAGGAAGCGAGUCCACUUCACCACCUUUUCUACAUUGGAGCAUCAGCAUUCACAAAGGGAGAAUGGACAUGGUAUCCACUGGGUAGGGAAGGAAGACAGUCAUGAGGGGGGACCCCAAGUACCCAUUGCACAGCUUCGAGAUGGCUUAUAAUAGUGAGUCUGAUCCGAUUUUACAAUGCAGGCUUUGAUCACCUCAAUGCCUUGGUUGACUUUGUCUCAAAAUAGGAAUACAAAAAAAAAAAAAAAAAAAAGAACCCUCUUCAUUACCUGUCAAGGCCUUUUAGAUGAACUGUACCCUAAUGUAUAAUAUUGUAGAAAUGAGCCAAUGUCAAACUUUAAACGUUGAUAAAGCCACCAAAUGCUAUGCCGCAUGUAGAUAACAAUUUCUUUAAAUGUUUGCACUUCCUGACCAACCUACACUGUCAUUGAAGCGCUUAUAAAACUAUUGUUACAAAGUCCACAAGUGUUUUAAAUUCAUAUGCUCGUUACAUGUAGUGCUUUUCUAAUAAGCAGGAGCCAAAUUGUUAUUUUCUUAACCUGUUGUAAAUUUGAAAUGUAUUUGUUUAUUUUAUUUUUUUUUUAAAUUAUUAUCCUUUCCUACAGAUUCUUACCUACUGAUGAACUAUUUUUUAUUUUCAUACUCAGCUUUUUGCAAAAGAUACAACCUGAUGAAGUCUUUAUGAUGGAGGUUAUAUGCGGUAUGAGGUGCAUUAUGUGAAAAUGUGUUCUUAAUGUGCAAAUGUUUCCAUGUUUUUUAAUACAGAAUGCUACUAGAGGGGAAAAUACAACCCAAUGCGGUCUAUAAAUGUUGUGAACAAUGUUGAAAGAAAAAAAUGUAUGUUGAUAAAUUAAUACCUCUGCAGGCAAAUCAAAAAUGACCCUCUUUUAAUCUUUGCAAAGAACAAUUUUUAACGGAAAAAAGUUUGUUUUUUUUCUUUUAAAUGUAGCAGAUUACACUAUGUUACAGUAAAUUGGAGUAUAUGUAUAUAUUUUUAUUGAUGGAACAAAAGUAUGUAGAGUAUGUCUAAGCAGAAAAUGAAUUCUUACUCUACAAGCAGGCAACAGUGGGUGCACAGACAAAAAAACACAAAUUUGAAAGAGCUAAUUCAACACCUCGAAUUAUGAGAGAAAAUAGCACACCAACAUUUAACAUGUAUUUAUUUGAAAUAAAUAGUGUUGCAAAUCAUAAAAUCCAUUACUGUAGCAAACAAACAUUUUGCUGUUGUAUUGCAUCACAGUUAUCCCUUUGGAUCCAAGCACCAAUAAAACAUUUUGCUACACCAUGACGCCAAGUUAUUGCAAACAUUACAGCAGCGUUUAUUAGGAAUACCCGUAUGUCCACCAGUGAAAUAUAUAAUUACUACUCAGUUUUUGGUAAAGUUUCCCAAGAGUCCCCAAAUCCAGCUCCAUCAACAGUGUUAAACUCAUUCACUACCAGCCCCUCCAGUAAUAGUGGAUCUGUCUUUCAACACAAACAAUGGCAGUGAAUGAGCUAAAAAUCUUGGCUCACUGUGAUGUGAUACAAAAUAGACAAAAGACUUGUACCCGACCAAAAUGCAUCUAAAAAUAUUCAAAUUUAUGUGGAAAUUCCCGAAGUAAACAGAGGAGUUAUGAAAUGCGGUCUUAGUGCAGCGUGUCCACCAACCUCUGGUACGUUUCUCUCUCUUGUUUUAGGCUGUGAUGCUUCACCACGUAGACUUUAGCAUCCCGUAUCACUCUCUCUCUUAGCUCAUGAUCUGACAACAGCCUCUGAGACUGAUGUACAAAUUCCUGGCAGGAAUAAAGGCAAAAUUAAUCUCAUUUCCUGCCAAAUGCCCCUUGAAGACUGCCAUUGAAGUUGCCCGAAGAGGUGUUUAAGGCAGAAAGCCAUAUUACAACACAUGAGAGUAGAAUGCAGAUAAAAGUAUUUGCAUUGAUAAGUAAAUACUUCAAAAGGAAGGAUCUAUUUGGAGCUCCAGGCCCAACUCAAGUCCAAUGGACUUUUUCAGUUUAGCCUAUAAUGGCUGUCACUUCUAAUUUUCAACUGAAGAAUAGAAAAAAACAAAGCAACCAACUUUGUAGAGCAUCACCCACCAUCUGUUACAGAGACCUGCUGGGUGGGAGAGUGAGGAUGAAAAUUAGACUAAUUACUGUAAAACGUGAUCAAUGCUUAUUGAAGGCCCUAUCAUUUGACAUAUGUUGCAUUCAAUGGACCUAAUACAAAGUAGUUAGGCAAAAACAGCUGAAAGCCCCCCCCCCCCCCCCCCCCAACCCCCCUACAACUACCACCCAUAGUAAGGAUUUACCUCAUAUCAUUGUUUUUAUUGUAUAUCACACUGGGACAUAGAAUCUCCAGCAAUGCUGAAUCCACAAUUCAAAUGUCUUUGGAUUUAUUCUAUUUCCAAUCCCAAUUUAGCUUUGCUGUAUCUGUCUGUAUUACACAAAUUACAAUAGAAGUAUACACUGAGUGAAAAUGGCUGAAGUUGAGAGCCUGUCAGAUUAUAUAAAAAAGAGAGACACUCAUGGCAAUUUGUUGCUUCAGUGCAGCUUGCUACCAGUGAAUACUUUAGUGCGAUGGCAGCUGUAUUUUUGGGACAAAGUUUCUGCAGUAAAAUUUGCAGUUACAUAUGAGAAGUUAAAAUUAGGGCUGCAGCUAUCGAUUAUUUAAGUAAUCGAUUAAUCUACCAACUAGAUAGUUCAAAUAAUCGAGUAAUUGGAUUAGGAACAUGUAUUGCGUUGCAGAUUAAAUUGUAGGAGAUGUAAAAGAAAGGCUUUCUAAUGUUGCUUUUUCAAAAGAGCAUUAAAUGCGAAUACAAAAUAAAAUUCCCAAGUGUUUUAUCAAACUAGUCAGAAUUGCACUUUCAUUUCACAAGAGCAAUAAAUGCAUUUCAAGAUGAAUUGAAAUACCUGUGCUUAGCCUCAAACUGUAUAAAAAAAUAACAAAAUGAGGACCAAAGUACAGCAAAAGAACAAAUGGCUAACUUGCAUAGCAAAACAUUUUUUUUUUUUUACAAUGCUCUUAACAAAUCGUUCAAACACAUAUUCCCACAAAAAAAAUUUCAAUUUAUCUCUAAACUAAAUUAUGAAUUCAUAAACAAACAUAUUAGCUCAAACAGAAAUUUACAACCUUAUGUUUGUCUUAACAGGGAGCCAGCCAUGUUGGAUGAGUUAUGUCAUAUUCACUGUUGCCACUACAGGGCAGUGUAUCCACGCAAAGUAAUAAAACUAAAUCCAAAAACUUACAAAACAAACCAUUACAACGCCACUCUAAUUAAAUAAAUCCUCAAAGCAGCAAAAUUUGAUUCAAAGCUUUUUUUCUAAUUGAAUUACUCGAGUUCAUCGAUCAAUCGUUGCAGCACUAGUUAAAAUUAAAGCCUAACAGAGUACGUAAUCAGUGACCUUGCUGUAUACCUCAGGGGAAGAGUAUAGCAGACCAUUGACCUCAUGUUGUACUACAGCUUUAUUUCCUGGUAUGUCUCUGGCCACCACAGGUAGUCCCAGAUCCAUUGCCUGUUGAAGAAUAGAAUACUGUUUUAAAUGGAACUGAUGACACAACCUACAAAUCCCAUAACACAGUGCAACGGCUUAAACGCUUUGUAUCUUGGUUAGAGUAGAACAAAUCUGUGUGAGCACUGAGCAGCUGUUCUGUGAUGAAAAUUAACACGUCAUCGCAUAACAGUCAUGAGCUCACAGAUGAACACCUGCAGUCCAUCCUGAGAGGCUCAACAAAAUACAACCAUACCCAAAACAUAAAUGACCACUGCCAAGAAAACAUGCAAAGUAUCAAUUACUGACUAAAUAGGAGCUAAGAAACAUAAAGGCUUUAAAUUUUUAGUAAAUGUUAUUUUGACCUGUUCAUAUUUUUUGCUUCAUGGAUUUUUUUCAGAUAUUUUUAUGGUGAGCAACAUUUAGUUUUGGUCAGUUGAAAAAAAUAUUUAUCCUUUUCAGUCCUUGAAAAAUUGUUUUUUUGUAGUGUGACAAAAGAACACUAACUAGGACCUAACUGCUUUAGAAACGGAAUGAAUUUAUGUAUACAGGUAGUCCCCGGGUUACGAUGUACUUGUGAUUUCGACUUUACGACGCCGGAGUCUCAUCCACCAUUUUAGCCUGGAUCGAUCAACACUGAGAUGACGCAGACAUCAACGGGGUCAUGUCCACCUAGUAUAAUGUCCGGGACUUAAAUGGGGCAUGUAUGAAAGGAGCCGGUUAAUUCCUGGGUAACAGCACGACGGCUGAUAAAGUACAGUAAAUAUUAUGGUGGGUUUAUCUUCAUUUCCUCUUCCUUCGCAGUAAGACAAAAAGUGGUAAACAAUCAUCGCGAUUAUCAACAUGGCAAACUGGAAAGACAACAAAAUUAAACUGAAAACAUAACAAAAUUCAAUUGCUACUGGAUCUUGCAGCCGAGGAAGAGGCAGUGCAUUUUCCAUCUUUGAAAAUGUGUGGUUUAUUUUGUUGCGAAUGCUGACCAAAAAUGUCCGGGUUAGAAAAUCCCGUUCCCAACCCUCCCUCAUCCCCCUCCCUAACGAGUUACCAAGUCCGAAAGUGUCUAACCCGGGAAAUUCCCGGUGCAUCGGUACAAAAAAAUAAAAUAAAAUAGAAAAAAAAAUAAACAAAACCUGAUACAACAACACAUUUAACACAACUAUUCCUCCACCUAGUAUUGUAAGGAAUGUUCUUGAUCUAUGUGCAGCACCUUUAAUUCACUUUACAAGGCGUACUCACAUCAUCAUUGAAGCAGACACAUGAACCGGGAAGCGCAGAACGGUAAAUAAAAGCACGAGGAGUUUCCAAAAUAAAAGUUAAAGAAAAUUAAAUUAAAUGAAUUAAACGGCUAAACUAUUAAACAAGUUGAAGAACGCGUAACAGAAAGAAUGCAUAUACAUUAUACAACCAGGUAAAACAUUUAAAAAAAAAAAAAAAAAAAAAAAAAAGACUCUUUGCACAUUAAUAAUCAAAGUCAACCCUAGGUGAGUGACCCGGUUAAAUGAGCCAAUCUCCUCUCCCACCUCCUUCUCUUUUUGAAGUUGUGUGCAGAUAGGAACUGCGGUCUGCAGGGGGUGUCAGUGAAACGCCAAUUAUAAUAGUAGACAAUUAACUCGCAUUCAUUUCACCUCGUGUGCAUGCGUUCCUAGCAAUGCGCGUGCGACCGCCCCACCUGACCGUGCCAGGAACCGCCACCGAGUACAGUUACAGUAUCUUAUUUUUUACCUUAUUUUUAUUAAUAUGACAUAUAAUACAUAUAAUACAUGUCUUUGGAUAGUUAUUUUGAGAUUUAGGGGCGUAAAAAUUCGGGUUAAGUCAUCAGCGUAAGAACGUUCGUAACCCGGGGACUACCUGUAUAUGUGGAGUUCUUAUAUAAAAUUUAUAUGGAUUAAAAUAAAAGUGAUUGAAAAUGUAUGUUUUUAUAACCAUUCCACUCUACUACUCUAUCAUGGACAUUUAAAUGCCUAUCAUGGACAACAUGCCCAAAGAACACCGGCAAAAAUAAAUAUUAUUUUAAUAGAAAUGAAAUCUGCAGUUGAAUCCAAAAAAGCCCCCAUACACAGUGAAAUAAAAUGCAUCUUGUCAAUAUCUUGCCCAUUUGACUGAGAGGCCUUGAGGCAGGUCGCUAAGCUUCUAUCCCGUUUUCAGGGAAAGUCCAUGCGUAAGGAAAGCUGUAAUGAAUGAUUAAAAUGCAAAUCCACGCAGUGCACAUUAGGCAUUAAAUGCAGCAGUGUCACAUGAAGGUGACACGUUAUCUGGGUUAUACAGUGAAACUGUCAUGGUUAAUUUGAUAUUAAAGAAUUUGAUAUUUCCAAUAGGGAUGUCCUGAUAGCAUAUUUUUGCACCUGACUCCGAGUCAGCUGAUUUUGAGAAUCUGAUGAUACCGAGUCCCGAUCAGAUACAGAUAUUUUUAAAAUUAAAAACCCUAUACUUGUCACCUGAUACCGAUCCACUGAAAAAUGGCCAAAUAAGAUCAGGGACGUCCCUAAUUUCCAACAAAAUAUAGUUUACAUUUGUGCGUAACAUAAACUUUGUUAUGCUACACAACGUUAUGCUGAGUGUAUUAAUUCAAGUGGCAUUUCAACAGCGAACCUAAUUACAAAUAUGUGAGCAAGGAGAACUUUUGGAAUAAUCCCUAUAAUUUGAUUACUUUAGCUCCUUCAGAAUUUAGAAUGUGUGUCAGCUCAUGCCUUCAGCAGAUUGUUGAGACAAACACGCGAACAUAGUAAUCCAACCUUAAGCAUACAAUGGAUUGUCUUAAGUGUGUUUAGAAGAGAUAAAAAGGAUUUGCAAGUUUGCUGGAUCAUCACAAGUGUUACUUUUGAUUGUGUAUUAGAUAAUGUUAUUUUGUCUUCAUCACAUUAUUUGUGGCCCAUUUACAUUUUAAAAUGUUUACCUCCAAGAUGGCUGCCGACAUGCCCUCUGAAACGGAACUGUUGACCAAUGCAAAACACCUUUUCAUAGCAGCGUGGAGCUCCGGCUGGCUCAUUUCCCGGGCUAAGAAGACCCCUGCUGUUCUGUUAGAAGUAAUGACAAAACUCAAUUCUGGUGUGACUCAGGGCUCACAAAGGCGUAAAAGAUGGCGAGCAGCAGCGACAAGCUAAAGGCAAGAAACACUGCGCUACUCCUGACAUUAACAUGAAGUUCAGGUGAAGUUCUAACCACAGAGCAACAAAUUUGUUGUGGUGAAAGAUGUGAAAAAGUAUAUCUGAUAUUUGCCAUUCACUUCAUAUUUGCUUAAUUCAGUUUUAUCUGCUAUUUCAAAUAACAUUUUAGGUGG